AUGUCCUCUAACACUGUUACUGCUGCCACCAGCCAAACCAACAACAACAACCACAACAAGAAGCAGAAGUUGUCUUCAACCUUGGAUCCUCUUCUCUAUGCUGACGACUUGGUCUGGGUCGACAAACUUCUUCCUUUUGUUGGCUUUGGACAGUACGCCUUUGUAGGAGCUGUCAACAAGAGGUUCAAUAAGCUGUACAAAGACUACUGUGCAGAAGAACUCAAGCAAAAUCCAAGGAAGGUAAAGAAUAACCAUCGACGCCCUGCAGAAAUCACGGACACUCUUUGCAGCGAAGUAUUCUGCAAUGUGCCACGUGCAGAGUACUGGUAUCAGGACAAUUCCCGCAACAAAAAACCCCGUCGGGAUCAUGUUUGCACUGCCAUUGCAAAAACUGGGAAUCUUGAUGUCAUGAAAUGGGCACAACAAAAAGAAUUCCCAUGGAACGAGGGGACGUGUGCUGCAGCUGCUGCUGAAGAUGGACAUUUGGAAUUGCUCCAGUGGUUACGAGAGAAUGGUUGUCCAUGGGAUGAAGAAACAUGCCACCUUGCUGCCCGAAAUGGCCAUUUGGGAGUGCUACAGUGGGCUCAUGAUAAUGGAUGUCCAUGGAAUGCUAAUACAUGCCGGUAUGCUGCUUCAAAUGGACAUUUGGAAGUGCUGAAGUGGGCUCGCGCAAAUGAAUGCCCUUGGAAUGAAGAAACAUGUCACCAUGCUGCCCAACAUGGCCAUUGGGAAGUUUUGAAAUGGGCCCACGCAAACGAGUGUCACUGGAAUGAGCAGACAUGCGCCUAUGCUGCUGAAGGGGGACAUUUGGAAAUCUUCAAAUGGCUGCAUGAAAAUGGUUGUCCAUGGAAUCUAUGGACAUGCGUGAGUGCUGCCCAACAUGGCCAUUUGGAGGUGCUGAAGUGGGCACGUGCAAACGGUUGUCCAUGGAAUGAAAGGACAUGUUGGACCGCUGCUCGACAUGGUCAACUUGCCGUUCUCAAGUGGGCCCGCGCAAAUGAAUGUCCAUGGGACGCAAAUACAUGCCGGAUUGCUGCCCAAAGAGGAAAACUGGAAAUCUUGAAGUUUGCUCAUGAGAAUGGUUGUCCAUGGGAUGCGCGGACAUGUGCGACUGCUGCCGAACAUGGCCAUUUGGAAGUUUUGAAGUGGGCCCGCAAAAAGGGCUGCCCGUGGGACGAACGGACAUGUUCCUAUGCUGCUCUAAGCGGCGCCCUGGAAAUAUUAGAGUGGGCUCGCGAGAAUCACUGUCCGUGGAAUUCACAGACAUGUAGGGCUGCUGCCCAAGGUGGUCACCUUAAUGUGCUCAAGUGGUGCCGCGAAAAGGGCUGUCCAUGGGACACAGAUACAUGCUAUUUUGCCGCUGCAAAUGGUCACAUCGAAGUGCUCAAGUGGGCUCGUGGAAAUGGUUGCCCCUGGCAUGCAGAAACAUGCCAGGCUGCCACAGGGGGGGGACACCUCAAUGUGAUCAAGUGGGCUCGUGCAAACGAUUGUCCUUGGGACGAGGGGACAUGUGUGUGGGCUGCAGGCAAUGGUCACCUUGAAGUGCUAAAGUGGGUUUGUGCAAACGGGUGCCCAUUUGGAUAUAGAACACACGAAGCUGCACAACGCAGACCCGCAGUGAUCCAGUGGUUACGCAGUCAACAACCCUAG